UAGAAGGACGAGUUAGAGUUUUUGGCUCGUAACGGGAAGCUAGAAGGGUAUGUUUAGAAGCCUCACACCCAGCAACCCACUCAAACCCAUUUUGUACAGGCGUACGACCGACCUCAAGGACAGAGGUACCAGCAUGGUGGGACGCAGGAUGCAUAUCAGGAUAACCAAUAUCCUUUUGAACAGGGCAGAGCAUACUGAGGACGUCCUUUCAACAGGAGAGGACAGGGACCGAGAACUACCGCCCCGAAUCAAAAAGACAGGAAAAGGCGCCCGAGGUCGUAAGACGUAUGCGCGCCAGGUGAUGACAGUUAACAAAAACAGACCUUUGAAACGCCCGUUUGAAGAAGCAGAAUGGGAAAAUGCGCCCAUCACAUUCAGCCCGGCAGACUAUAAGCGAGCAGAAGGAGAGCCCGACGUUAUGAUGCCGCAUGCAAACCCUUUUGUGGCAACGGUUCAAAUAGGCAAUCAUAAUGUCAACAAAGUCUUUGUUGAUACGGGUAGCUCGCUGGAUAUCCUGUAUUGGAGUUGCUUUCAGAAAAUGCAGCUGAAUCCAAAUUCACUGCAGAAAUAUGAAGGGCCUAUAUAUGGGUUCGACAAUCAGCCCGUCCCGGUUGAAGGAAUCAUUACCCUACCCAUCUAUGUGGGCUCGGAGCCACGGUUUAGGAUGGCUUCCGUUACCUUCCUGGUCGUCAAGAUGGAGUCAGCUUUCAACGCUAUACUGGGACGAGCUACCCUUUGCGAGCUGAAGGCUGUCAUCUCACAACCUCAUCUCUGCAUGAAAUUCCCAACUCCUCAGGGGGUAGGAGUGCUUAAAGGGAACCAGAAGAUGGCAAGAACAUGCUACCAAGAUACCUUCAAGAAGGUUGAGCUCGCUGCUGCUCCUACAGGUUCUGAAAAUCACAAACCAACCCAGCUCGCUCAGCAGACAAUGAGCAUUUCGGACAUUGAACACCGACCUGAGGGUGUCGAGCAGAAAGCAGAACUAGUGGAGCCGGUAGAAACGGUCCCUCUGAACCUUGAUGUGCCAGAACGAACGGUUAAGAUCGGCACCAAACUCAUAGAGGAGGAACGGGCAGAGCUUCUGAAGUUUUUGAGGGACAAUCAAGACGUGUUUGCGUGGACUACGGAUGAAAUGCCGGGCAUCCCCGCAGAGUUGACAGUCCACAAGCUAAGCACGGAUCCCACUAGAAGGCCGAUGGUACAGAAACGUCGCCUUUUCGGCUCGAAGAAGCAAGCUGCCAUAGACGAAGAGAUACAAAAGUUGCUACAGGCAGGCUUCAUCAGAAGAGUGGAGUACUCUGAAUGGGUGUCCAACCCUGUGCUCGUCAAAAAACCAAAUGGCAAAUGGAGGAUGUGUAUUGACUUCACCAACCUCAAUGAUGCAUGCCCAAAAGACCCUCAUCCCUUGCCAAAUGUCGAGAAGUUAGUAGAGCGGGCAGUAGGACACGAACGGAUGAGCUUCCUUGAUGCCAGUUCGGGUUAUCAUCAGGUCCAGUUGUUGCUAGACGACCAGGAGAAAACAGCUUUUUACGCUGGUGAUGCAAUCUACUGCUACGUCAUGAUGCCGUUUGGCCUCAAAAAUGCUGGAGCAACAUACCAAAAGCUGGUGCAAAUCAUCUUUAAGCUCCAGAUCGGCAGAAACAUAGAAGUAUAUGUGGAUGACAUGAUAGUCACCAGUGUGCGAGCUGAGGAUCACAUAGGCGACCUGGAUGAAACUUUUCAAAACUUGCGCCGAGCACAAAUGAAGCUGAAUCCCUUGAAGUGCACGUUUUCUGUGGAAUCCGGGAAAUUCCUAGGGUACGUGAUAUCCAAGAAAGGAAUUGAAGUAAAUCCAGAGAAGGUGCAGGCCGUUCAGCAGAUGGAACCCCCCAAGACAGUAAAAGAUGUACAACGUCUGACAGGUCGGGUGGCUGCGUUGCACAGGUUUAUAGCCAGAUCGGCAGAAAGGUGCCUUCCUUUCUUCAAAGCUCUGUGGGAGCCUAAAAACUUUCAAUGGACUGAUGAGUGUCAACAGGCGUUUGACGAGCUCAAACAGUAUUUGGCAUCCGCACCCCUGCUGUCCAAGCCUGUCGAUGGGGAAUGUUUAUAUUUGUAUCUGGGGGUCACAGAAGAGGCAGUGAGUUCAGUCCUAUUGAGGGAAGAGAAUAAGAGACAGAAGCCUAUCUGCUAUGUGAGCAAGGUAUUACAAGGUGCCGAGCAGAACUACCCACUAGCAGAAAAGGCUGCUUUUGCUUUGGUCUGCACGGCUCGUAAGCUAAGAGCCUAUUUUCAGUCUCAUCAGAUUGUUGUCUAUACCGAUCUACCAUUGAGAAAAAUAUUGCAGAAACCUGAACUCUCUGGUCGGCUUAUUGGAUGGAGCGUCGAGCUGAGUGAAUAUGACCUGAAGUUUCAGCCACGCACAACCAUAAAAGGCCAGGCCAUUGCAGACUUUCUGGUAGAAUGCAUCUCGGUGAUAGAGGUAGACAAGGCGCUUGAUUACCCAGCCUGGGUUCUGUAUGUUGAUGGAGCUGCUAACAUUGAAGGGUCAGGUGCUGGGGCUGUGUUGAUAGGCCCAGAUGGCUUUAAAUCUGAGCAUGCAUUGCGGUUUAAGUUCCAGACCACUAAUAAUGCUGCUGAGUAUGAAGCCCUCAUCUAUGGUUUGAAACUGGCGUCCGAGCUGAAGGUACAGAGCAUACAAGUUUUCAGUGAUUCUCAGCUCGUGGUAGGCCAGAUCGACAAAAUACCAAGAGCUGACAACCACCGAGCUGACGAGCUGUCAAAGUUGGCCUCCCCGCGGGACUUUAACCCUCAGAGGUCAACCAUCGUCGAAGUGCUGGACGCUCCGAGCUACACUGAUUUCACGGUCGAGUGGGAAAUGCUAUCAUCUAUUGCGUCUCCCUGGCCCUUUGCUCAAUGGGGUGUCGACCUGCUCGGCCCUUUUAUCAAAGGCAAAGGAGGCUGCACUUUCCUGGUCGUUGCAGUGGAUUACUUCACUAAGUGGAUAGAAGCUAAACCGCUGUCCACGACAACAAAAAGGAAAAUAGAAGAAUUCUUGUUCAAUUCAAUAUUGUGCAGGUUCGGCAUACCUAAGCGAAUUAUCGCUGACAAUGGGCCACAGUUCCGGGCAGCAGCACUGAGAUCGUUUUGUAACGACUAUGGCAUUGAGCUCGCCUUGACCUCGGCCACAGGCGAAACCCCGUUCAGUCUGGCAUACGGAGCCGAGGCUGUUAUCCCCGUCGAGGUCGGAUUGCCAUCCGAUAGAUCAGAUCGUCAUGACGAUCAGAAUAAUGAACAGCUCUUAAGAGAAAACCUAGACCUUGUGGAAGAAAUUAGGGAGAUGUCCCGAAUAAGGAACAUGGCACAUCAAAGUCGUGUUGCAAAAUUUUACAAUAAAAGAGUUCGAGCUCGCCAGUUUCAAGUCGGCGACCUGGUCCUACGCAAAGCUGGGUUAACUAACACCCAUUCGCACAUGGGCAAGCUCGCUCCUAAUUGGGAAGGCCCUUUAUAUGAUUGAUCAAGUUAAGCGACCUGGUUCUUAUACGUUAGCAGAUAUGCAGGGACGUCAGUUGCCUUACAUUUGGAAUAUACAGAAUCUUAGAAA